GAGAGUACGGAGAUUGGAAAUACGACCGUUUUUAACCGAGAAAAUAACCUCAUCUUCGCAUGGUACAAUGUGGUGGGGUUAGCCAGAGCCACCGCACGCACAGCCUUUUAGACGAUGUUUGCAGAGGCCAGUCUGUCCAUCUGGGGAUGGGGGGGUCUUGGAGUCGUGCUGUUCCUCGUCACCUUUGGACCCUUUGCCAUAUUCUACCUGGCUUUUUAUAUCUUCUGCUUCAUUGGAGGGGGCUUUGCGGUCACUCUACUCUAUGGAAAGAUAAACUCAGAGAAACACCUGGAAAAAUGCGAGCAUUCUUACCUACCAUCCACACAGAUUGGUAUACUAAAGACAUUGGAUGAGAUGAAGCUGGAGAUCAAGCCUAUAAAGAUUGACAGGAGACUAACUGGCUCCAGUUUCAUUGAUGAACCACUACAACAGGUGAUCCAGUUUGCUCUGAGAGACUAUAUCCAGUACUGGUACUACACUCUGAGCGAGGAUGAGUCCUUCUUAUUGGAGAUCAGACAGACUUUGCAGAAUGCCCUCGUCCAGUUCUCCACACGGUCCAAAGAGGUGGACUGGCAGCCUUACUUCACCACUCGCCUGGUGGACGACUUUGCCACCCAUUUACGUGUCUUUAGAAAAGCCCAGGAUCGCCUCGCCGACAGAGAGGACAAGCAAAGAGACAUAACGGAGGAGCUGGUGGAUUCGUUCUUUGAGGCCGAGGUGGAGAUGGAGAGGAAGAUUUGUCGAGACGUUGUGUGCACUUCACACAAAGACGAAGAAGGUUUCCUUCGAGACUUGUGUGAGUUGCUUCUGUAUCUGUUACUACCUCCUGGAGAUUUCCACAACAAGAACAUGAGAUACUUCCUAAGGGAGGUUCUGGCGCGUGGUGUGCUGCUUCCUCUGAUCAACCAGCUGAGUGACCCAGACUACAUCAACCAGUUUGUCAUUUGGAUGAUACGGGACUCCAGCUGUAACUAUGAAGCCUUCAUGAACAUCCUCAAGCUCACAGACAAGCCUGCUGAGCUGGAAGCCGUCAAGGACAAGGUGCUGGAGGAGCUGCAGUACCUCCGCUCCCUGGACACCGCUGGGGAUGACAUCAAUGUGAUCAAGAACCAGAUUAACAGUCUUCUGUUUGUGAAGAAGGUGUGUGAGACCAGGAUCCAGAGGCUGCAAUCUGGCAAGGAGGUGGAUGCCUUGAAACUGGCAGCCAACUUUGGCAAGCUGUGUGUUAUCCCACUGGAUCACAUCCUCGUCCACAACAUAGCCCUGCAAUUCUUCAUGGACUUCAUGCAGGCAGCGGGGGCCCAGGCAGAGCUGUUUUUCUGGCUCACUGUGGAGGGCUACAGGGUGACAGCACAGCAGCAGCUGGAGGCCAUGCAGGGCUGGCAGAAAGAUGGCAAGAAGCAGCCCUGUACCACCAAGGGACUGCUGAAGGCCGCUGCUCUGGGUGUCUAUGAACAAUACCUCUCCGACAAGGCGUCUCCCAGGGUGCAAGUGGACGAGGUCUCAGUGACAACACUGGGGGAGAAGCUGCAGAAAGAUGAUCCCACGCCAGAGAUAUUUGAUGAAAUCCAGAGAAAGGUGUAUGACAUGAUGCUACGUGAUGAGCGCUACUACCCCUCCUUCAAGCAAAGCCCUCUCUACGUCCGCAUGCUAGCAGAGCUGGACAUGCUGAAAGAGCCGAGCUACCGGGGAUCUGAUGACGGCGAUGGAGAAUCUUUUAAUGGCUCUCCCACAGGAAGCAUAAACCUAUCUUUGGACGACUUGUCCAACGCCUGCCAUGAUGAAACUAUGCACCUACAUGCCUUCAUCUCUGACACAGCUGAUGCUUGUCUCCCCGGCUUCUGGGGUGCUGCAGGGGUUUGCAACGACCACGGUAAGACCUACGCGCUGUACGCCAUCACUGUGUUCAGACGCAACCAGGACGGCAGUGAGGACUGCUGGAAGACCUACCGCCGCUACUCGGACUUCCACGACUUUCAUAUGAGGAUCACUGAACAGUUUGAGAACCUGGCAUCGAUCCUCAAGCUGCCAGGAAAAAAGACGUUCAACAACAUGGACAGAGAUUUUUUGGAGAAGAGAAAAAAGGACCUCAAUGCUUACCUCCAGUUGCUGCUGAACCCAGAGAUGGUGAAGGCCUGCCCAACACUGAUUCCUUAUGUCUAUGACUUCCUAGAAAACAAGGCCUACAGCAAGGGCAAAGGAGAGUUUGCACGAAAGAUAGACACAUUUGUAAAUCCUUUGAGGAGCUCAAUGAGGAACGUGUCCAAUGCAGUGAAAGCCCUGCCAGACAGUCUGGCUGAAGGGAUGACUAAGGUGUCUGACAACAUGGGCCGCAUGUCAGAAAGACUGGGUCAGGACAUUAAACAGUCCAUAUUGAAGGUGCCUCCACUUCUCCCCAAGUCUGAGAUCGACCCUGAACACUGUCGAGUCUCCGCCCAGCUUGAUGACAAUGUGGAUGAUAACAUCCCACUGAGGGUAAUGCUGCUGCUGAUGGAUGAAGUAUUUGACCUUAAGGAGAAAAACCAGUGGCUGCGCAGGAAUAUUAAGAACCUGCUGCAGCAACUCAUCAGAGCCACGUAUGGAGACACCAUCAACAGGAAAAUUGUGGAUCAUGUGGACUACUUGACCUCACCGGAGCAGGUGGCAGACUACGUCAAGAAGUUCAGGGAUUCCUACUGGCCCAACGGUAUACUGGCUGAGACACCACCCCGUCGGGACAAGAGCAUCCGCAUGAGGACACGAGUAGCUGCCAAGACCAGCCUGCUGGGUAUCAUGCCAGAUGAGCUGAAGCACAUCAUUGGAGCGGACACCACGAGAAAGGGCAUCCUGCGUGUCUUUGACAUGUUUCAGUACCAGCCCAUGAAUCGUCGGCUAGUCUACGUUUUCCUGGAGGGGUUCCUGGAGACAAUGUUCCCCCAGUACAAAUUCCCUGAGCUCUUUGUCAAGCUGCACUCCCGCUCGCCGCGCAUCCACAGAUACAGCCAGAAACUCAAAUCCUCCUCUCUUAAGAGGUGACAGGAAAGGACAGAGGCAACGGGACCGACCAGACACACACAGACUUGAGAGCUAAGAGUGAGAGCGGGGGACUUGACGUGAAUGUGAUGGUAUGUGUGUGUGAUUUCUGCCAUUUCUUCCACCUCCCUCACACACUCUUUUUGAUGAAAACACUCCAAUUAUCCAGCUGAUUACUUCUGUCAAAACAGAACUGAAGGAUAAACAACACACACUCUGCCCUCCUCUCGCUCUGCGAGACACACAUGCGCAAACACAAGUCCUGUAAUUUGCACCAAGACUGAACAUGGCAGUCUUUUACUUUCUACAUUUUCCCCUCCUUUUUGGACUUUUUAGUUGUGUUUAGCUUUAUCCUGGGCCAGUCAAUGCUGCUUUCAUGUGGUCCAGAGAACAGACCACAGAUACUGUAUUGUUUUUAAACUGCAGGAGUAGAUAGCAUAGACCCACACCUUGCCUUACCUUCCCGCUUCUGUCUUUUAGCCAGCUCAGUGUGCCAUCUCUGAACUGGCCCCUCAGCUGUUGUCAAAAUUACCCUCAUGCUGUAGACAUUUGAUCUGCAAAAGCUGCACACCUGUAAACAUGCAACAAUAUUUUGUUUUCAUAGCAACCAAAUAUGUCAAUAGCACUGGGUUAAAGAGGCGCUGUUUUUAAAAUGUGACUGAACAAAUAUGGGUCGAAAGGAUGAUUUUUAUUUUUAUUGUCAGCAGUUUUUCCAGCCACAAUGCUUCUCUUGAAACAUGAUUUUUUUUCACUUUUUGCUUUAAAGUGUUACAUCAUCUAUGCCGCCCAUGAUCCUCAAAGAAUAGGCCACAUCCCCUUUAAUGCUACUGUCAUAACCUGUGAUGACCAAAGCUCAUGCUGUUCAUACGCACGCGUGUGUGUACUGGUUUGAUGUUGGGAUUCCUCUGAACAUUACUGUGCUUCGUGUUGAUAAUCAUGUGAAGAAAGAGAAUGCAGUGUUGACCUUUACUGACCUAAAAGGUGAGGCUGUGAGGACACACUGAAGUGUGUUGCAGUUGUGGGAAGCUCAGCUCUGGCUGUCCAAGCGCACUAUCAAAGAAUGUACUCUCUGGUCUAGUCUGUAUUUGGCUUGUGUAGAAUUUUUGUGUGAAUUGGUCUGUGUGCGGGUGUGCGUGCGUGUGCGUGUAUGCGUGUGUGUGUGUGUGUUUAGCACAAAGAAGCAACCCUCUUCAGUCAGAAACUGUGCCAGUGUGAGCUAGUGAACCAGCCUUAAAACUACAUACAGUAUAUACUGACCAAGAGACGCACGCUAGAGGUAGCUCUCCUUCACACGACUGAACAUUACAAGGAAAUCAAGAUAGAGAUAUGGAGAUAUAUCCCUAAUCACUUUUAUUCAGAGAAAAUUGUCUUUAAUUUUGUGCAAUAUUUUUUUUCUUUAAUGCAUGUGCAUUUUGAAUCAUUGUAUACUGAAAAAAAUAAUUCAUAUUGUUUUAAUAGUAGAGAACACAAAAGAAGUUUCCCCAGAAAUGUCUUCUUAUCCCAACAACUUAACAUUCCGUUGUUGUAAAAGUACAAUGUUUAUUUUACAGACUUGUUUUAUAAGUCUGAGUUGUUUUUUUUGUUUGUUUGUUUUGUUUUGGGUGUGUGGGGGGUAUUGUCCACUUAUCCCUCACCCACUCAUGCAGAAUCUGUGUUUUGGGUAUCGACUGGGCAGUGUUGGGGGGGGGUUUUGUGUCACAGCCCGAUUAUUAGCUCAUUGGGCUAUAGCUAGCUCAGAGGCGGCCUCAAACAACUGCUUCUUUUUAACUCAUAAGUGGCGUUUUAUGCAUUCAAGCUUGUUUUGUUGCGUGAACAGAUCGUUGUUGUUAUGAACUGACAGCUGGAGGGACCGCCCCCCACCCUCUCUUCCUGUCCAAUAGACUCACAGGAGAGCUGCGUCCUAUGACCAAUGGAAUCACUGCUAAUGAGCACUUACCGUAGCAACUGUGGGAGGGCCUCUCCCAUUGGCUGGACGGAGCCCCAUUCUGCUGCAGUCAUUGGAUGGAACUCCUUCGUCUGCUGUGAUUUGCUUACACUGAGCAGCCGUGGUGGACUCUGAUUGGCUGAGUAGGAGGACAUGGACUUGAGCCUCUCUUUCUGGGAGGUGAAUAUUUUGUCCCCAUGGUGGAGGAGAUGUCACCUUUAACUUUCUGCACACCUCUCCAUACAGGAAGGCUUGUCGUUUUUUAACCCCAGUAUAUAUGAAUCUAUGAUAAUGAAAAUUGUGCAUAUCUGUGUACAGUAUGUGUUAAUAGUGUGCCUAAAUGUACUGUCAACUCUAUUUUCAUAUUUUUCUUUAACCUAAAAAAAAAAAAAUCAGAAUGUCAUGAUCAUUUUACGCGACUGAAAAUGACUUUAGGGUGUUUUUUUGCAUCAUGCUUAUCAAACUCUUCCUUAUGAGCAAUUGUGCUCAGAUCAGUAUAACACUAAUAAAAGGUAACUCAGACUAACUGAUCACAGUGUGUAUGGUGUUUUCAGUGUAUUCUUUUGUUCAUAAAGUGACUAAAAUGGCUGAAGUUUAAAAACAUAAAAAGUGGUUCAUGGUGCCCACAUAUUAGACAGACCUUUCACUGUUAUAAAAAGAUUAUGUGCUUCCUGCUACAUUAUCUACAGUGACACACUUUCUCUUGUUUAUCCUCUGUAUUAAUAGCACAGAUACAUCCUCCAAGCACAGAGCCAAAACAACAGAAAACAUGUCAGUCUAUGUCUUUUGCCUUCCACUACAAUGGCUUACUUAUGUUUGAUGACCUUGUGGACUGAUGAAUUUUAAGUUAAUCAACAUCUAAAAUACAUUUGUUAAAAAACAUAAAAGCACCAACUAUACCAGACCAGUUAAUGAUUUGUGUCAUUUAUCUUAAAACUUAUUUUCCCAUAAAUGAUAGAUCUCUAUUUGUGAAGAGCCAGUCAACAAUAUUCAUAAAAACAAAUGUGUGGCGGCUCCAAAACAAAAUGGUGUGUUUUUAAAGCCAGUUAUUUAAUUUCCCCGCAUUCUUGAGACAUUAUAGAUCAAAGCACUUCAUGAGAUGGAAUUCAUUAAAGUUGUAUUAUUUUUUAUGCUUGUAACCUUAAACAGCUUUUAAAGAGCUGUGUCCUCUUAUGAAUAAGGUCAGCUCUUAAUUUAGAGUACAUUCUCUUACUUUAAUGUUGUAGAUCUUCACUUUCACUUUUAUUUUCUUACAAAACUGACAGAACUCAUUUCAUUCAGCCCUGAGUCAUUGAUCAGCAGACUGGUAGUGCAAACUAACUGGCAUGGACUGAAAUUGUUUCAUUAAAAUCUUCAGAAAUCAUUUUAAUGUUUAUGUUGUUUAAGUAACCACACUAAACCAUUAAUAGGCUGUGCACCUUAUCUUUCAACAUAAACAUACUGCAAGAAAUCAUCAGUUGUGUUUUGUGCUGACAAUGUUCACAUAGGAACCAUCUGCUGUAUGAGCUUUUUUACACCGACAUGUUGAGUAGGAAAAGCACAGGUUAAUUAAUUAUUACUGGAUUCACUUAGUUAUUAGGGUGGCAGGGCUCUGACACUUGAGUAUGCUUCCUCACUCAUUAUUGUAAUGUUGGUAUUAUUGUAUUCAUGAUAAAUCAUUACUAGUAGAAAGUUGACAUGCAUAACUUCGUUAUAUGCACAGCAUUCCAAUGAUGACAAAGAUUUAAAAUAGCAUUUUGGCCAAAUAUAUGAUCACUUUCCGUUUUAAUUUAAGCACUCAUUAACUUCCAAUGCUGCAGGAUUCUCAUCCACACAAUGCCAACAUAAAUCCCUUCUCAUGCUUGACCAUGAGACUAACACACUUUCCUGCAGGUCCUGGAGAGCAGCGUCUUUGAGUUGGUUUCAUUAUCCUCACAUUAGUCCUGUCAGUCCAUGUCUGAGCUAUUUAAACACAUUCAUUUCUGCAUUCUGUUUGUGAACA